ACUCGCCGGGGUGCACGUCGAAGCUUCCCCGGCGCAGUUCGCUUGCUUCUCCGCGAACAAAGAGACUCGUGUGGUCGGAACACGUUGCUAAGAAGAGAUCAAGUGAGUGUAAAUUGCUGAGCUUGUCGCGGGAAAUGUGUGCAAGAAAGACGGCAGAGCACAAGGAGGAACUUUGUCCAACCAACGAGGACGUCGAGCCGCAACGUCACCUUUGCAAGUUGGAACCUCGAGUUGUCUUACCAAGAGCGGACCUCAAAGAAGAAGAUCCUGGACCUGAGCAGCCCCAAACUAAAGAGGAGGAGGCGCCAGAGGGCCCUCGCGUUAAAGAAGAAGAGCAGGAAGAUGAAGUCAGCAAGUUUCCAUGGGCUGGAGUCAGUGUGAAGGAUGACGAAGCUGAUGGAGACCAGGAUGGACGAUCCCACUCGGACGGGCUCUUGGCUCCACUUUCUGACGGAGACGGCGUCACGUCACAGUCUUCCGACGCGGAGGAUGACGACGAUGACGGACAGUCCAAACGUGAUCUGACGUGUCACGCGCGCAACAGACGACUGAAAUGUUCCCAUUGUGGCAAAACUUUUGUCAGUAAGUCAACACUGAGAACACACACCAGGACACACACGGGGGAGAAACGCUUUGUCUGCUCAAUUUGUGGUAAAACGUUUUCUCGGAAUACAACUUUAACAAGCCACACGAGAACACACACGGGGGAGAAACGCUUUGUCUGCUCAGUUUGUGGGAAACGAUUUUCUCGGAAUACAAGUUUAACAAGCCACUCCAGAACACACACGGGGGAGAAACCUUUUGCCUGCUCAGUUUGUGGUCAAAGAUUCUCUGAAAAGGGAAAUUUAAGCAAACACAAAAUUACUCACACCGGUGAAAAACCUUUUUUCUGCGCAGUGUGUGGUAAAACGUUUACAUAUAAAAAGGAUUUAACAAGGCAUUCAAGAAGACACACUGGGGAGAAACGCUUUGCCUGCUCUGUUUGUGGAAAAAAAUUUGUUCAGAAAGCUGAUUUAACAAGGCACACGGUAACGCACACGGGAGAAAAACCUUUUGCCUGUUCAAUUUGUGGUAAAACAUUUUAUAUCAAUAAAGAUUUAAUAAGGCACACAACAACUCACACCGGAGAAAAACAUUUUCCCUGCUCAGUUUGUGGGAAAAGAUUCUUUCAGAAAGCAGAUUUAGCAAGGCACACAAUAAGACACACCGGAGAAAAACCUUUUGCCUGUUCAGUAUGUGGUAAAGCAUUCUUCAUAAAUAAAGAGUUAACAAGACACAUAAUGACUCACUCCGGAGAAAAGCCUUUUGCCUGUCCAGGUUGUGAUAAAGGUUUUUUUACAAAGGGCGACUUGAAAAAACACACGAGAACACACACUGGGGAAAAACCCUUUGCCUGUUCAAUUUGUGGAACAAGAUUCAGACAUAAGGGGCAUUUGAACGCACACAGAAGAACACACACCGGAGAAAAACCUUUUGCCUGCUCCGUUUGCGGAACACGAUUCACCCGAAAGAGACUUUUAAUAACACACACAAGAGUGCACACUGGAGAAAAUCCUUUCGCUUGUUCAGUUUGUGAUAAAACCUACACUAGAAAGGAAAAUUUAACGAGACACACGAGAGCACACUCUGGAGAAAAACCUUUUGCCUGCAUUGUUUGUGGUAAAAGCUUCACUCGGAAGGAAAAUUUAACAAGGCAUCGACGAGAACACUCUGGAGAAACACCUUUUAAAAUAAAAUAAAGCAAGGAGUAGCUUAUGUUUGUUUUUUUCUUUGCUGCGGUUACUACUCACUAUAUUUAUUAUUUACGCAGCAUGUUUGAUUGUUGUUGGUUUAAGUUUAAUUUUGUUGCUUGCUUAUUGUUUGGAGCCUUUUU